AUGUCUAAGCUCUUCGCGGUCAACAGUCCGGAUCUAAGCCCGGAGCUGUUGUUGCACUGCAAAAAGUACGAAAUCGUCCAUAUCCCGACUGCGACAGAACUUCUUAAGCGUCUUUAUCGCGACAGGCUGUCGGAUGCCAACAAUUUUGAACGGGAUUUCUCUGUUGUUGUUUAUCAGGAACCUUCGUCAGCCGCUUCCUCCCUCGAUCAUCCAGAAUCGCUUGACAACAUCUCUGCCGCUGCUUUGUCCGAACUUGUUCAGAAGCAGUUUCUAUGCUUUAGUCUGAGUGUAACCACGCCUUCGGAUGCAUUGAAGGCGGUACAGCAUCUCAAUGCCCUACAACCUUCAUACUCUACCCGUUUGACAAGAGUUGCGAGCUGGAUGUAUAAUGAUUGCAAGUAUGAAGACCAAGAUAACCAAUGUGCGAACACUAAUGAUCACCACAGCCACAGACACAAUCAAGAUCAUAGCGAACACCCUUCCUCUACGUGUUCCGCAAAUGUCUAUACGAUGCUUGCGCACUUGACCGAGGUUCGUGCGCGCAGUAGGGCACAACCUCGCAAACGUUAUUACUCGUUGAUUUGUCCUGCGAUAGAUCUUCGAAAAUUGAUCUACAUACCGCCGGGCAAUUCUGAUCAGUAUUAUUGGGAUCUUGUUUCCACAUGGAAUUUUUGUGCCAUUAGUCUCUCGACCAGUGAGCUGGUGUGGUGCAGCUUUUUGGUACUAAAGAAGCUGGCGUCUGAUGCUAAGUUCAAAAUCGCAGACAAUCAACUAUUUCUUUUAUUGUUGACCCUAGAAACCUCUUAUCACCAGGGAAAUAAGUUUCACAAUUUCAGGCAUGCCGUGGACGUUAUGCAAGCGACGUGGCAGUUAUGUCAAAAGCUCAAGGCGUACAUCAAAGACAACUCUUUCACGCUGCUAGUUUGUCUUGCCGCGUUGGGUCACGAUGUAGGUCAUCCGGGAACAAAUAACGCCUUGAUGUGCGACCCGCUAUCACCGGUAGCACAAAUUUACCACAAGCAAUCUGUACUAGAGCGCUUUCAUGCGGAAAUAUUCUGCGAUAUUCUAAUGGACCACUGGCCUGAAGCUUUGGACAACCAGACUGUCAUUCCAGAUACAAUAAGAGCCACGGAUAUGGCCUUACAUUCACAAUAUGUCGACCUUAUGAGUUCAUCACUUUCGGAGCAGCAAACAAUAUUUUCUUUGGUCAUCAAGGCAGCAGAUAUUUCAAAUGUAACUCGGCCCUUGCACAUAUCUACUAAAUGGGCCGUUUUAAUAACUUGCGAAUUCAACGAGUGUACGGCUUUACAAAGGCUGUUACAGGGCGAUGAAAAUCUCGAGACCUAUAUACCUGAAUCUGAUGAGCCGUUGCCAGAUUCUCUGGAAGAUAUUCUGACCAAGUAUCCUUCGAUUCCCAAGGGUCAAUUGUUCUUCAUUAAUGCCUUCGCCGAACGUCUAUUCGCCGGUCUAGCAGAGUGUUUUGAAGAGCUUGGGUUUCUGCUUCAAAAUGUCGAAGCUAACAAGAAGUUUUGGGAAAGCAGGUAG